UAUUAAUAGUGGAGCGCCUCUUAAACCCUACGGCCUUAUUCAUUCUUUCUUCGAAACCCUAGCAAGCCUCUUCUUCUUCUCUUCGUUGGGCAAAAUCGUCUAACAAUGACAGGAGAGACAGUCAACCCUAAAGCUUACCCUUUGGCUGAUGCGCAGCUCACAAUAACGAUUAUGGAUCUCGUUCAACAAGCUUCCAACUACAAACAGCUCAAAAAAGGUGCUAAUGAAGCAACCAAGACAUUGAAUAGAGGCAUUUCUGAGUUCGUUGUGAUGGCAGCAGACACUGAGCCCCUUGAGAUUCUUCUCCAUCUUCCUCUACUUGCUGAGGAUAAGAAUGUUCCGUAUGUAUUCGUCCCAUCAAAACAAGCUCUUGGGCGAGCAUGUGGGGUCACCCGACCAGUGAUUGCAUGUUCUGUGACAACUAAUGAGGGUAGUCAAUUGAAAUCUCAAAUACAGCAACUAAAGGAUGCUAUUGAGAAGCUGUUAAUCUGAGAAAUUGAAUUCGGUAUGAUGGGCUUCUUGAAUUAUUGCUGAGUGCUUCUUCAGAGGCUUUGACUGGACCAGAAGUUAUGUUAAACAGGGAAACUGCUUUAUAUGUAAACCUAUUUUAACAUUUAGCUUUAUUGCUAAAGAUUGCUAAUUUUUAAGUAUAAUGCUGGUGAUGUUUAAAACUGGUAAUUUUAAUUGUUCAAUGUUUUUAUGUGGUGCUAAA